GAUGAGCUUCUCUUCAACUUUAUUUCCCACAAUUCCUUUCUGUCCCUCCCUCUUUCCCUGCUGCAGCGAUGUCUAAGAGAGGACGUGGCGGCUCAUCCGGAGCAAAGUUCCGCAUCUCGCUGGGUCUCCCGGUGGGAGCGGUCAUCAACUGCGCUGACAACACAGGUGCCAAGAACCUGUACAUAAUCUCCGUGAAGGGCAUCAAGGGGCGGCUGAACCGCCUGCCCGCUGCAGGAGUGGGUGACAUGGUGAUGGCCACGGUGAAGAAAGGCAAGCCAGAACUCAGGAAGAAGGUCCAUCCGGCGGUGGUGAUACGCCAGCGGAAGUCGUAUCGGCGAAAAGACGGCGUGUUUCUCUACUUUGAAGACAAUGCAGGCGUCAUAGUAAACAACAAAGGAGAAAUGAAAGGUUCAGCCAUCACGGGGCCGGUGGCCAAAGAGUGUGCCGACCUGUGGCCCAGGAUCGCCUCCAACGCCGGCAGCAUCGCCUGAGCUGCACUUUUCAAUAAAAACCGUUGAUGAA